AUGAAAUUGAUGUUAUUUAUUUCAGCGGUAUUAUCGUUGUGUUGGCAAUGUCUAUGUCAAGGAUCUUUCAAUCCUGGAGACACGUUAUCAAAUUGUGUUCCUGCCGUUCAAACAUCAUAUUGUGAUCCGUACAGCUACUACAAAGGAUUUCGUUCCAUUGAUGGAACCUGCAACAACUACUACCGUCCAACACAAGGAGCAGCGUUCACAGGAUUAACCAGAUUACUACCUGCUGAUUAUGUUGACGGUGUUGAUACUCCUCGUGGAUUUCCUGGAACAACUCCAGUGGUACCUACCGCCAAUCAAGUAGCAGGCGCUGUAUUUUCACUCCAAAAUCAAAAUGUGCAAAGAACCAGAGGCUUGUCAGCAAUGUUUAUGGCAUUUGGACAGUUCCUUGACCACGAUUUCGGACUGACUGAACAUCCAAGCUGCGAUGUUUCUGCUGGGUGUGAAUCCGUGACAGCGUUUACAUAUCCUUGUUUUCCAAUAAGAUUUCAAAGAAAUGGACAAACCUGUACGUCCUUCGCUCGCUCGUUUCCUGUUUGUCAAUCCAGAUUUGGACAACGUUCAACAAGAGAACAAAUUAACGAAGUUUCCUCAUAUAUCGACCUUUCUCAAGUAUACAGUAGCGAAUUAGAAGUUCACAAAAGCUUAAGAAGAUUAGAUGGAUCUGGUUUAAUGAAAGUUGAUCAAUCUGAUUUGUUGCCCAUAAGACUUCCAGCGUCAGAUCCUGAAUGCAAUAAUCCUGCCGGCUGCUCUCUGGUUGGUGAUCCAGCACGUGGAGAUGAAAACAUUGCAUUGAAUACCAUUCACGUUGUUUUCGUCAGAAAUCAUAACCACAUUGUGAAAAAGCUUCAAGGAGUGAGCAGAGCAGCUAGCGAGGAAUUUCUUUUCGAAACUGCAAGAAAAAUCAACAUCGCCAUUUUUCAAAAUAUAGUUUAUAACGAAUUCUUGCCAAAUAUUGUAGAUUUGAAAACUUACCGAGGGUACGAUCCAUCAGUGGAUGCCAGCAUACUUAACGUUUUCUCCACAGCAGCCUUCCGCUUUGGUCACACAUUGGUUCCUACUGCAUGGCCUCAACUCAACAGUAACUUUGACAAGGCGUUCAACGACGUCUCCCUUCAAGCUUCAUUUUUCAACACUGUUCCAAUUCGUCAGCGUGGUAUUGAACCGACAGUAUUCGGCUUACUGGCUAAUCAAUCGCAAGCAGUAGAUACGACGUUUGCGUUUGGAAUUGCACGAAGAUUAUUCGUACCAGUUGGAGAAAACCGGCACAAUGAUUUGACAGCACUAAAUAUCCAAAGAGCUAGAGAUCAUGGAAUACCAACCUACGGCGCUUGGAGGCAAAUAUGCAACUUAAAACCUGUGUUCUCGUUUUCCGAUUUGAGAGGAGAAAUGUCAGACGAAGUAAUUUCGAGACUCCAAACGGUGUACAGUAACCCGAACGAUAUCGACAUAUUUGCUGCUGGUAUGGCUGAAAAUCUGGCCAAUGGAAAGAUGUUGGGACCAACCUUCCAAUGUAUUCAAAAAAUACAAUUCGAAAGAUUAAGAGAUGGCGACAACUACUAUUUCGAAAAACCUGGUAUGUUCACAUACGCACAGAAGGAGCAAAUCAAGAAAGUGAAAAUGGCAAGAGUGUUAUGCGACACGUUGAAUGGUAUCGUUUCUGUUCAGGAGGAUGUAUUUCAAGCUGCGAGAUCUUCCACAAUACGAAAGGAAUGUGGUAGUAUACCAGAUAUUGAUUACAGUGCUUGUUUUGGUUUAUUUUCUUGUUUGAAUCUCGAACCUCGUUUGGAUCGGGAAGUUCCAAAAAAUAAAAUUUCAAUAGAUAAAAUUGUGGCUCUUGAUAAGUACACCCUUUGCAUCUUGUGCAAGAUGGAUGUAGGUACAAAUAUCUCAACCUCCGCCCUAGCUCGUGUGGCGUUUUUUUAUAUGAGGAUGAAACGCGGACGAGGCCCUUGUACAACAGACUUGUUCAACUAA